UCUGGUUCCCACCACUGCGACGAGAGAACUACUCCCCCGCCGGCCCCUAGCAGAGGCUACAGCUGGUAAUCUUUGCAUCUCUACACGGCGCGAGCUCCAUCCAAGAUCAUCGUGAAUAUGGAGGAGCAAGAUCACGACGGGCUGCGACAUCAUGAGGCGGCAGCAGAGUCGUCGGUGCCGUUGCUGGAGAAGAAGGCCGGCGGCUUGUUGUACGUGGAGGGGUGCCCCGGGUGCGCGAUUGACCGGAGGAAGGCGGAGAACCCGGGCAUCCCCUACAGCAGCUUCCUGUACGUAUGGGUCAUCACCCUAAGCACCGCUUUACCAAUAUCUUCACUGUUCCCCUACUUGUACUUCAUGAUAAGAGACUUGCAUGUUGCAAAAAGAACAGAAGAUAUUGGGUUCUAUGCUGGGUUUGUAGGUGCUUCUUUUAUGUUCGGAAGAUUUUUGACGGCAACUAUUUGGGGAAUAGCAGCAGACCGUAUUGGGAGGAAGCCAGUUAUUCUGUUCAGCGUUUUCUCCGUGGUAGUAUUUAAUACUUUGUUUGGGCUUAGUGUCACCUAUUGGAUGGCGAUAGCUACAAGGUUUCUCAUGGGUGCAUUGAAUGGCUUACUCGGACCAAUAAAGGCUUAUUCUAUUGAAGUUUGCCGACCCGAACAUGAAGCUCUAGCACUAUCACUUGUUAGCACAUCAUGGGCAAUAGGUCUCAUCAUUGGUCCUGCUCUUGGAGGCUACCUUGCACUGCCUGCAGAAAAGUAUCCAAAUAUCUUUUCGCCUGACUCAUUCUUUGGAAGGUUCCCGUACUUCUUACCAUGCUUAUGCACAUCAGUCUUUGCUGCCGUUGUUCUGAUAGGCUGCCUAUGGAUGCCGGAAACAUUACACAAGCAUAAAGCCAGUGAAAAUGGCAAACAAAGUGUUGAAGCUGUGGAGGGCCAUCUGAUUGAUCCGCAAGAAAAGGUCGAAGAAAGUGCCAGUGUAGAUACCAAGAAGAGCUUAUUCAAGAAUUGGCCAUUGAUGUCUUCCAUAAUUGUUUAUUGCAUCUUCUCCUAUCAUGACAUGGCCUAUACAGAGGUGUUCUCUCUAUGGGCUGAAAGUGACAAGAAGUAUGGUGGACUGGGUUUAUCGUCCGAAGAUGUAGGCCAAACGCUCGGAAUAACAGGUGGCAGUUUGCUUGUGUAUCAAAUGUUCAUAUACCCACGCAUCAAUAAAGUUCUUGGACCGAUCAAAUGUUGUCAAAUCGCAGCCGCUCUGUGCAUACCUAUUCUAUUCGCCUAUCCCUAUAUGACAUACCUGUCAGGACCUGCAUUAUCAGUCAUUCUGACUAUUGCAUCAGUCUUAAAAAAUGAUAUUGCUGCUACCAUCAUUACAAGCAUCUUCAUCCUUCAAAACAACGCUGUGUCUCAGGACCAAAGAGGAGCAGCAAAUGGAUUAGCCAUGACUGCAAUGUCCCUUUUCAAGGCAGUUGCUCCUGCAGGCGCCGGCAUUGUGUUCUCAUGGGCGCAGACACGCCAACAUACUUUCUUCCUUCCAGGUGAUCAUAUGGUGUUCUUUUUGCUGAACAUGAUAGAGCUCCUGGGACUUGUCCUCACGUUCAAACCCUUCCUCGCCGUGCCAGAGCACAACGAUAGAAACUAGCUUUUCAGUUAUUAUUCUAGAAGUUCCGGAUUAUAACUCAGAUGUUGAUUACUGAUGGGUCCGGCACCCGCAAGGCUUAAGGCGACCUUGCACCAGGAUAGAGGUGAUUAAGUACCACCUUUAUUUUGUAUGUAACAUAUGUGUCGGCAAGCCGGAAGAAUAUCCUGGCCAUCUCCGGGCGGACGUGCCACAACGACGCAAGGGCGUUUAUCCAUUCUUAAGGCGUUGUUGUGGAAGAAGUCAGACGUAGUUGUUGGUCUUAAUUUCACAGCUUAUAAUGGGUCUGCCGUAGUUGUUCAUAUUUUGUACUCUACUUGCUGAUGUAUUUGGCAUCAUUGUGUUACAUCAGCUUUAGCAUAGA